AUGACGGAGUUGAAACAAGUGACGUUCACACCAGAGGUGCUAGAACGGAUUGCACCCGAUGUGUCACUCCAGCGACAUCUCGCCAUAGGAAUCAGACCCAAUCUACGCUACUUCCACGAAUUCAAAUCGAUCGAGUUUGGCAACAGUUCCCAGAUCCAGCAGUCGUCUGCAAAUGUCAUUGCCUCGUCGAUCUUGAAAAGCGGCUCUACCACGGUGAUCAACUCCAUCACCUUACUGAUUGUCGAAGACUUGUAUGGCGGCGCCAAGCUUCAAGACUAUGCCACCAUCUACCCACAAGUGGAGAUAUUGAGGGGUAGGUCCGGUGCUCCCACGGACGAAGAGAUGAUUUUAAGCCAGGACCUAUUUGAGCUGUUUAGACGCUGCCGCGUCAUACCGCUGCUGAACCUAAGGAUCACAAACGUGGGCAUCGCAGUCAAGGACGACGAAAGCGGCGCCGAGGAGAUCAUCUACCCGGACUUGGAUGAGACGCAGUGGCAGCUUGCCAACUUGUCCAAUAUGCAUGACAAGGCCUUUUCCUUCGUCUUGCAUCUGCACAUUAAGAUCUACCUGAAACAAGUGAGCACAAACUCGCUAUUCGACUUGUGCUUUGCUUCGUGCUUGAAAGCGUUGCGCGAGUUGAAGUUGCCGCGCUGCUACGUUGACGAUACCAUCAGCACCAAGAUCUCCAUCAGGUCAAGGAAAUCCAACGCCAGGGGAACUGUCGACUCAAACAGAGGCACGUUGAUGUUGGAUUGUAGAGAUGAGAUGAGGUACAAAUUGGAGCUCAAUGCGAGUGCCAACACCGUGUCAAGCAACUUUGGCGUGAUCAAGAAGGAGACUGCUAAAGAUCAGGACAUAGAAAUGGAAGAUGGAGAAGGGGCGGCGGCGGCGGUGGUUAUGUUGACCGACUUGGAGGGCGAAGCCGAAGAAAGUAGCGUGUUGUCGAGAAUAUCCAUCAUCAACAGCGCUGAAACUAUAAACAAGAUAAGUUUGGUGAGCGAUGGCGUUAUAGAUCUAGAGACGUUGAAGCAAGCCAUCGACGCUUCUCAGAAAAGAGCAGAGUUUAGUGAACUGUUGUAA